ACAACUUUUUUUCUUCCUCCACCACCCAAAUUCUUUUUCUGUCUGGUCUGACUGGGUGUGCCUCUCCUCUGUAACACGAGAGCCACAUGACCAAUAGGAAGACAAACAGUCUGGAAGUUAGUGUAUUUCUUCCGCAAACUUUUUAAGUUGUUGCUGUGUUGUAAGAGGAGCAAGAGAGCAGGCCGCAGUCCAACAACACUGGAACAGAACUAAUCAAUCUGAGAAACAGCAUCAGCAAAGAUGGCAAGCCAGCUACAGCAGCUUGUAGCAGACAAAAAGGAUAUGGUGGAGACUGUGAUGGAAUUGUUUGAACAGGGAGCUGAAGUGGUGGCCAGUAUUGCUGGCGACCUUUUCCCAAUUUUCUCCAUCGCUGCUCCAAUUGUAAAACUGGCUCUAGAUAAUGUGGAAAGCAAAGAGGCUGCGUUUAUGAAGGAGCAGUUUCAGAAGGUGCGAGAGCGUCUGGAGGUGGUCUCAGAGGAGAUUCAGCGGAUCAACGAUGAAAUCAAGAAGAGUGGAUUGGAUGCUGUGUAUUUCCCAGUUGAGGAGAACAUCACUAACCAGUUCAGGAAGUACAUGGACAUCCUCAAUGCCAAACCCAAGUUCCGAGAGGUCAAGAAGAAACUUUUCCUGGAGCAUUUUGCCAAGACCGGUGGUGACAAAAACCUUAUCACCCUUUACAACUCUGUGACAGGAGAGAACUUCUCUGGGGAAUCUGUGCUGGAGAUCACCCUGAACUACGAAGAGAAAAGUCGCCGGCCGGUUGAGGACUUCUGCGCCAGGCUGAAGAAGCUCUUCUGUAUCGGGCUCAUUGCACUUUUGGGCCACGCCGCUCUGAAGGGAUAUGAUGAGGAGGACAUGCUUCUGAAAGACUGGGGUGAGAAGAUGAAUACUGUCCAGAAUAAAAUGAACGUUGUCAUCGAAGACUGCAUCGUCAGCUUCCCCAAGCAGGCCGAGAUAGAUGUCCGUCGUCUGGUGAGAGAUGAGUCAAACUUAACCAACCAACAGCUAGCUGAUGCUAUCAUAGAGAAACUAAAGAAGAAGUAUGACUGGGUUGGCUGGUCCGUGCGUAUAUUUAGGACCCCAUCUGGCCUGUUCGCCAACAAGAAGGAUUACCACUGCUCAACAGGGAAGAGUCGCUUCCAGGUACCUUCGUCAGAUGAGAAACUCAAUGUCUGGGUGUCCUACUGCUCCUCACCUGAGCCUGUGGAUAAGAAUCACAUCCAGCAGCUGAUACAGAGUCAGAAGAAAAUCUCGGUGGUCGGUGUAGCUGAGGACCUGUUUGAGAAGUUGCCCGGUUCCUGCAUGGUCCACACUGUCAAAACCAGCAAAGACCUGGCCUGCUCCUGGAGCUUCACAGAUGAGCUCCACUACUGGGAGGAGCACAAAAACAUCUACGUCUGCGCUCACUCUGCUUGAAGUUUUAAGACGCUGUAAAAACUCUCAAAAGUCAGUCAUUCAUUGACUGUAGGUUGCUUCAUAUUUACACAGAUAAUCACAGAGUUGAUUGCUGCCUCCCUGCUCGGCCUUAGCAGUGAAAUACUACAUAGUAUGUUCCUCAACUUAACCUCUCUAGUGUUUUUUUUUUACAGAUUUAUUCCCUUUUUCUAAGAGCGUUUACUGUUACAGUAGUUUCUUGCUGAUUUGAAGGUGCAUCAUGUCAAGCCCAUUUUAUUUAAAUAGCCCAUUAUCACAAAUCCCAAAGUUGCCUGUGUUUGUGUUUGCGUGUGUGUACUUUUAGCAAUAAAGUAACAUACACUAGAUUCUUUAUCUAAAAAUAACCUUUUUCAUCCCAUGCAGCUGGGCUUUGUUUAUUUCUCGGAACAGACAGAGCAGCUUUGCCCUUUUGUUUAGGCUUUAUUAUAUCACAGUGUCUCCUCUUUUUGUAAUGAGAUUGGUAAGUAGUGUAACGCAAUUUGUUGCUGAAAAAUUGUGGUAGAAGAUCAACAAAGUUGUUGAUUAAGAAUUCAGCUGUCAUAAGGAGAUAAUGUGUGCUGCUGGUAGAGAUAAGCGGGGACCUGGCCCUGUAGAGGACAUAAACACCAAAGCUAUGAGAGAAAAAUGCCUGACACCAGAGUCUGUGACAGAAACCUUCAUUUUGAUUUCACUUCUUGUACUCAUCUGACAAAAAUAACAAAUCUUGUUACUGGCUUCCGUACAGCACGAAAAAAGCACAAGAGACAAGGCCUUGAACAACAUUAGCUGUGGUGACCCUGCCUUGAACAUGCCAAGGCGUAUUGACAGCAGCACUUUGUUUACAUACAGAUGCCUAGCAUAGCUAUUCUUGUGUCAUGUCUUCACCUGUGUGGUUGUGCAACACACACUGGAAAGUUGUGUCCGCUCAGUGGUUGAGGAUUUACUUCUAUAUAGAAAUAAAUUGUUGAAUUUUGGACAAUGUAAAUUGUAGGUCUGGGAUCUUUUUUUUUUUCUUUUCUAGAGAUUUGGAUCAAAAUGUGUAUAUUUUGACCAUGAUCAACAGUACUUUGUAAAAACUACAGUAUGUCAUGGAAACACUACCGAAAGACACCACUGACCUGUCUUAAUAGUUUAAGAUCAUUUGUUCUUUAUUGCAAACCGCUGUAAGUUGUGUUUCUUCUUUGUUUGUGUGUUUAAAUGUUAUCACCUUUUCUUCUUACAUUUCUUUGUUUGAAUUUCUUUCUUUAUUUGACCAAAACAAGCAACGUAUUUACGGUAGAAUUAUUUUUUUUAAUCUUGCGCUCUUUUAGAUAUUACCAUUUCCAUAAUUUAUAUUUGGGUUUUCAGUGUCUUAUAUUCAAAAUCCUGUUGUUAAACCAAAGCAAUGAUUGUAUUAAAUUUUCCGAAUAAACUUAGUCAUACAUCA